CCGAUUGGCUGCGAUGUUAAAAGCCAUAACCGGCACCUCUCCAUCCGGGACAGUUUUCUGGGAUGCAAAGGAACGGCUGCUCUAAUGGCUGACUGGGUGGAAGCACUGGAUUGACUGAUUCUGAUGUUGGCAUCUCUGAUAUUGUGAACUCUUGACUCUGUACAAUACUUGAAGGAAAGAAACACAAGCCAGUGGGACAAGGCCAGUUUGCCUGGGGACCAGUCACGAUGUCUAAGACCAGAGAGUCGGUGAAGGUGGUGGUUCGCUGUCGACCCAUGAAUGAGAAGGAGCGGGCUGCUAACUUUGAGAGGGUGGUGCAGGUGGAUGUAAAGCUGGGCCAGGUGGCCGUGCGAAACCCCCGGGGGGCUGCAGCCCACGAACACCCCAAGGUCUUUACAUUUGACUCUGUGUACGACUGGAACUCCAAACAGGUGGAUCUCUAUGAUGAAACCUUCAGGCCCCUGGUGGACUCUGUCUUACUUGGUUUCAAUGGUACCAUAUUUGCGUACGGCCAGACGGGUACAGGAAAGACCUACACUAUGGAGGGGGUGCGCAAUGACCCAGAGAGAAGGGGUGUAAUCCCCAAUUCCUUUGAGCACGUCUUCACACACAUCUCCCGCUCCCAGAACCAGCAGUACCUGGUGAGGGCCUCGUACCUGGAGAUCUACCAGGAGGAGAUCAGGGACCUGCUGUCCAAGGACCAGUCCCGCCGGCUGGAGCUGAAAGAGAGGCCAGACACGGGUGUAUAUGUCAAGGACCUGUCCUCCUUCGUCACUAAGAGUGUACGAGAAAUAGAGCACGUGAUGAACGUGGGGAACCAGAACCGCUCAGUGGGCUCCACCAAUAUGAAUGAGCACAGUUCCCGGUCACAUGCCAUUUUUGUCAUUACCAUCGAGUGCAGCGAGCUGGGCGUCGACGGAGAGAACCACAUUCGAGUGGGCAAACUGAACCUGGUGGACCUGGCUGGCAGUGAGAGGCAGACCAAGACAGGAGCCCAAGGAGAGCGCCUGAAGGAAGCCACCAAGAUUAACCUGUCCCUGUCAGCCUUGGGGAAUGUCAUCUCUGCCCUGGUGGAUGGCAGGAGCACCCACAUCCCCUACCGCGACUCCAAGCUCACCCGCCUGCUACAGGACUCCCUGGGGGGCAAUGCCCACACAGUCAUGGUGGCUAACAUCGGACCAGCAUCUUACAACGUGGAGGAGACAUUGACCACGUUACGCUACUCAAACCGGGCCAAGAACAUUAAGAACAAGCCCCGCGUCAACGAGGACCCUAAAGAUGCUCUGCUCAGAGAGUUCCAGGAAGAGAUUGCUCGGCUCAAAGAACAGUUAGGGAAACGCUCAGGGAAGAAGAGGAGGAGGAGAAGGGGGUUUGGAGAAGCUGGGGAUGAACUAGAAGAGGACAUAGAGGAUGGAGAGGAGGAGGAGGAGGAGGAUGAUGAUGAUGGUGUAGAACCAGCUGAUAAAGUGGGUGCAGAUUAUUGGCGUGUACAGCAGGAGAAGUUGGAGAGGGAGAGGAAGGCCAUCAUGGAGGAUCACAGUCUGGUGGCGGAGGAGAAACAGAGGCUGUUAAAGGAGAAGGAGAGGAAGAUGGACGCCCUGAAAAAGGAGCAGGAAGCAGGCGAGAUGCUUACUGCCAAAGUCAAGGCAAUGGAGAGUAAGCUUCUGAUGGGUGGGAAGAACAUUGUGGACCACACCAACGAACAACAAAGGAUCCUGGAACAGAAGAGACAGGAAAUUGCUGAACAGAAACGCAGAGAGAGGGAGAUGAAACAGCAGGUGGAGAAUCGUGACGAGGAGACCCUGGAGUUAAAGGAGACGUACAGCUCUCUACAACAGGAAGUAGACAUCAAGACCAAGAAGCUGAAAAAGUUGUUUGCGAAGCUGCAGGCAGUGAAAACUGAGAUCUAUGAGGUCCAGGAGUUCCACAUCAAGGAGAGGCAGGAGCUGGAACAGACCCAGAACGAGUUGACCAGGGACCUCAAACUCAAGCAUCUCAUCAUUGAGAAUUUCAUCCCCAUGGUGGAGAAGAAUAAGAUUGUGAACAGGGCGUUGUUCGACGAGGAAGACGACCACUGGAAGAUGCGUCCCAUCACACGCAUAGAGGAUGACCAGCAGAUGAUGACCAGGCCAGUGUCAGCGGUGGGCUACAGAAGACCCCUGAGUCAGCACGCCCGCACGUCCAUGGUGAUGAUGGCUGACGUCAGAUACAAGUCUGAGAAUAUCCUGAUGCUGGAGAUGGACCUUCCCGCUCGGACCACUAAGGAGUACGAGGGGCCAGUCAUAGCGCCCACGGUAGCAGCAGCGUUGGAGGAUGCUCUGCGGGAAGAGGAUGCAAUCCAGGUGGAUGCCUCCAGGUUCCACAGCAGCCUCGAGCACACCAGCACUGGGGCAGUCAAGAAACCAAAGUCUGGCCGACCUAAAACGGGUAAGAAGACUGGUACCCCUACCUCUCGCACCCCCAACUCUCCAUACAGCCCCUCCAGCCCAGGACAUCCUUUAUACCCACAAUCCCGCGGGCUAGUGCCCAAGUGAUAACUCCACACAUUUCCUGUUUUUGGACCCAAAAUUGAGAAGACUGCUUUUUGUUUUGUUUUUCUACUGAGUCUUGCAGACUGAUUUUGCUGUCAGCAAGGGAAAGUGACAGAGACUCCAGACUGAUUUUGCUGUCAGCAUGGGAAAGUGACAGAGACUCCAGACUGAUUCAAGCACUUUUUGUAAAAUUAUUUUUUUAAAUAUAUUUUUAUUUUACCUGAGACCAUAGCUCUUAUCAUUUUUUUAAAGAGAUUUGUAUCUAAAUUUCCAACCCACAUGGUUACUGCAGUACAAUACUAUGCCAUCUGUGCGUGAUGUUCCAGAGACAAGCGGUUGAAUACUACCUUCCCUUAUGGGGCCCACACAUGUUCUUAAUGUUAACAGAUAAGGAUGGUGUCCUCUAGACCAAUUAUUUUUUGAGCUCUAGUUCACUACUAUGCAUGUGUCCUCCUGGGCCCCUCCUAGGUCUACAGUGUGAUGGGAGGAGAUGUGGGACAUGGUAGGGGCUGGCAUCGGAAAGGACAGAUCUAAAUGCUUUGCUGUGUGGGGGGGGGGGUUUGUCUGCCCAGAAGUGUUUGUGGUUGUCAAUGUCCCUACUUUAGGUUUACAAGCUGUUAUCCAGGUCUGUCUGUACACAGUUGUGCUUUAAGUCUCUGUUGUCUUCAAUAAGUAGGGGAGUGUUUUGUUUGUACUGCAUGGUGAACUAACUGUACAGGCCGGAGGGUGAAGCACGCUGCAACACGUCUGUCACGUCACGCGAUGUGGCCGGUCGCUGCUGGAAUCACAACAUGCUGUUCUUCCUGGAGCACAUAUGGUGACGGGGAUAUGGAAGAGGGGAACUAGAGGUCAACACAAGCCAAAUCAUCUAUCAGGGUUCUGAGGUGCCUUAGAUUCUCUAGACUCUACAGACCUACAGCGGCUGGCUAAAGGAGGGGCAGGGAGCUGUGUGUUGCCUCAACCUCAUCUUUACCGACCUCUCGAUCUGGCUCUGAGUGUUCCUUGGAAUCAACUGAUUUGUUGUACCUUAGGUAGAAAGUUUAUGUCAAGAGGCCUCGAUCAAAAUGGGACUUGGUCUGAAAAAAAUGAAGGUAGUUUUUCUUGUAUGUUUUGGAUAAAUAUGCAGUCUUAAUUCACUGUUUUUACACCUGCAUCUGAGCGUUGCCCCCACUCCCUCUCUGCUACUGCAGGGUUAUACUACCCUGUGACAGUAUAUGCGUAUACUAUGAUAUAGAAAGUCCUAUAUCACCUUUUGCAGUUGUAAAAAAAUGUAAUACUGAAAAAGGUUAACUUUUAUUUCAUUUUUAUACAUAUGUAGAUACCAUUUUUUUUUUUUUUAAACACAAUGUUUUCUUUGAAAUGGACUAUUUUUGGAUUUGUAUCAUUUUAAGUGCACUUUAAUUUUCUGUUACGUGCAUUUCAAAUGGCUUUAGUGUUUGAGUUUGUUUUAAGGUCGGAUCAACUGUUGCACGAUGUUUUAUGGGAAGGAUGCGUUCUAUCCUAAAAUGUGAUGUUCACUCAGAUUCUGUGUGUUGAGACUUGUAUGCAUUUGGCAUGAGAUGGUUAUCUUUGUACAAUGGUUAGCCCCUAUUUUUUUUUAAAUACUUCUGACCAUAGGGUUAAUUAAGCAUGAUUUCUAGAAAAUUCUUACGUCACCAAGCCAUAGAAUUCGGCAUUUAAAAUUAAUCCCUACAUUUAUCCCGUUGUCAUGUCACCGUAUCUAAACUUUAUGUAUAAGAUGAUUCAGAUAUUGUUUUUGCCAAAUGUUAAAAUUAUGCAGAUGCACUACUAUCGGUGUGACUGGCAAUGCAGAAGUCAACUGUUCUUUUUGUAAAAAAAAAAAAAAAAGUUUUAAUAAAGAUGACCUAAUUACACAUUGA